UAUCGCUGCCUUCAGUGGAGGUAUUACGUUCAGCUGUGUCACAGGGAGUCAGGGCGAGUCUUCAGCUGCAGACGUCGUCGAGUGUGGCACCAGGAUGCGCAUCAGUAUGAAAAGAAACCAUCGCUUUUCUCUUAACGGUUUAUCAUUGACAAACGUGUGACCGCUCACAUCAACACAAAAGGGAAACCAACGUAUUCAUAUCUUAGAGAAGUGACGUGACAAUUUGUGUCUGCUCGACAUUGUUCUGCUCUACAGCCUCUUUAUUCUAAAAUCCAUCCUCAUCCCUGACGUGAACCCACCAUGUCCGGGAAGGAGCGCAGCCCCCGCCAUCGGCCAUGGUCAGUCUACCGGGCCAACACGUUUGAUCUCUCAGCUGAGAUGAUGGGGCUGGCUCUCUCAGGCAGCAGUCAGGACCCAGAUGAGCCUGUGCUGGAGUUUAGUGUGGCCUGCAGUGAACUGGUUACUCCGUCUCUGGAUCGUAAGCCAACCAGCUUUGUCGCCGUCAGCUGCACCACUCCGCCUCAGGCCUUCUGGACCAAGCAUGCUCAAACGGAAAUCAUUGAGGGUACCAGUAACCCUAUCUUCCUGAGCAGCAUAGCGUUCUUUCAGGACUCUCUGAUCACUCAGCAGACUCAGGUCAAGCUCUCUGUCUACGAUGUGAAGGACCGCUCCCAGGGCACGAUGUACAUGCUUGGUUCGUCCAUGUUUUCCGUGAAGGAGCUGCUGCAGGACAAACACCACAGACUGCACCUGACUCUCAGGUCAGCGGAGAAUGAGCGCGUGGGGAACCUCACCGUCAUCGCCUGGCAGAUAGAGGAGAAGCGCGAGCAGAGAGCUCCUGUUGCAAGAUUACAGAGAGGAGACACUGUUAAUGGAAGGAUGGUUCUCCCUGUUGAUGAAAGCCUGACUGAAUCGAUGGGUAUAAAGUCCAAGUCUUCAUCUCUGUGUAAAGAUCCUCUGCUGAAGGCUGUAUUUGGCGGUGUCAUGUCGCGCACGUACCGUUUCCCCACCACAGAUGGCAACCACCUACGUAUCCUGGAGCAGAUGGCAGAGAGCGUGCUCUCCCUGCACAUUCCUCGACAGUUUGUCAAACUUCUGCUGGAGGAAGACGCAGUCAGGGUGUGUGAGCUGGAAGAGCUGGGUGAGCUGUCUCCAUGCUGGGAAAACCUCAGGAGGCAGAUCAUCACUCAGUACCAGACCAUCAUCCUCACUUACCAGGAGACCAUAAGUGACCUGCACGAAUACAAAGGUCCUUCAUUCAAGUCAAGCACCUUGAAAGCUGAGAGGAAGUUGGAGUUUAUUCCCACUAAUCUGCACAUCCAGAGGAUGAGAGUACAGGGGGAGUCUGGUUAUGAUCGGACAUACGAUGUUGUUACUAUCGGUGCUCCUGCAGCACACCAUCAAGGCUUUAAAGGCUGUGGCCUCCGAAAACUGCUGCACAAGCUCGAAGAAGCCAGGAAACACACUUACGAGGAGGAGAGUUCUGCUGGCCCCGGCUCUAAAGGAAAGGCGUACCAGCCUCAGGAUGUCGUGAAAGCAAAGGAGCUGAUUGGCCAGAUUAACACUCUGAAGACACAAGUUUGCUACUACACCGAACGUCUGUCACGAGCUGCCAAGGAACGCUCGGCCAACGCUCUGGAGAGAACCCUGGCCAUCCUAACAGAGAAGACUCGUCAGCUGGUGACCGUGUGUGACUCCAAGCUGCUGUCCUCAGCCAUCCUCGCCCUGGCAGCCGCCUGCCCGGAGUUCACUCAGCAAGGCACCCCGUCCCCGUCCUCCUCUUCCCUCUCACCCUCCAGUCGCUCCCCAUCACGCUCUCCCUCCCGUCACCCCGCCUCUCCGUCUCGCGCUACCACCUCGCCCUCUCGCCACCUGACUCCCCCAGAGGGUGGUGAAGGGGGUAAAAGCAAGCGGGCCUCCUUGCAGGCGGAUUUGCACGGGGAAGAGUGGGAGAAGGUUUGGUUAAAUGUUGAUAAGAGCCUGGAGUGUGUGAUCCAGAGGGUGGACAGGCUUCUGCAGCGAGACAAACUCCAAAGUGACAGCAGCUCUGAGGAUGUCUUCCUGCUCGCCAAUGAGGAGCCUAGAAACACUAAGAAAGAUAACAGCCCAGAAGUAGAAAAAGUAGAAAAGACGUCCCCAGGUGAGUGGAGCGAAGCUCUGUAUCCUCUCCUCACCACAUUGACAGACUGUGUGUCGCUGAUGAGCGACAAAGCCAAGAAGGCCAUGGUGUUUCUGCUGAUGCAGGACAGCGCCCCCACCAUUGCCAUGAGCCUCACCCUGCAAUAUCGCCGUGAUGUUGUCUUCUGCCAGACGCUGACGGCUCUGAUCUGCGGCUUCAUACUCAAGCUGAGGAACAGUCUGUGUGACUCAGGCUUCCUCAGGCAGUUACACACCAUUGGCUUACUGGUGCAGUAUGAAGGCCUGCUAAGCACCUAUGGGGAGGAGCUGGCCAUGCUGGAAGACAUGAGCGUGGGAGUGAUGGACCUGAGAAAUGUUACCUUUAAAGUUACCCAGGCAACCUCGGGUUUCGCCCCAGACAUGCUGCCGGUGAUCACAGGGAACAGGAACGGCUUCAACGUCAGGGUUCCGAUGCCCGGGGCGAUGUUUGACACGCUGCCACGAGAGAUCCAGAAUGGGAUGCUGCUGCGUGUGCAGCCCGUCCUGUUCAACGUGGGGAUCAAUGAACAGCAGACGCUGGCUGAGAAGUUUGGAGAUACGUCACUGCAAGAAGUGAUCAACUUGGAGAGCAUGGCUCGCCUCAGCUCAUACUACGACCAGUUUAAAGAAGUCCUGCCAGAGGACUGCCUCCCUCGCACCCACAGUACCACCAGCCUGUCUGAGCUGCUCAAACUGCUGAGCCAGAACGUGAACGCCAAGAAAAACAAGAACGUGGAGAUUUUGUGGCAGGCGGCCGAGGCUUGCCGCCGCCUGAACGGAGUGCGCUUCACCAGCUGUAAGAGUGCCAAGGACCGCACAGCCAUGUCUCUGACCUUGGAGCAGUGUCAGAUCCUGCAGCAGGAGCACGCCUUGGCUCCACAGGUCUUCUACCAGGCUCUGGACUGUAUGCGCAGUGAGGGCUGCAGGAGAGAGAACACCAUGAAGAAUGUGGGAUGUCGUAAAUACGCCUUUAACUCUCUCCAGCUCAAGGCCUUCCCCAAACAAUAUCGCCCUCCAGAGGGGACGUACGGGAAAGUUGAGACCUAACUGGACAGUUCCGUCUGGAGGAAACCAAAAAAAGACUGAAGGGGAUAAUGAUGAUGGCACCACACAAAGAAAAAUACCAACACAAACUGGAACAACAGCCUUUUGUUUUGUGCUUAGUCACUGUUAAGAUGAUUAAUGUCCAAGUGCCAGUGCUACUGUAGAUUGUUUUAUAGCAAUUUCCUCUCUUCUCAGUAGUACUAGAAUGACACACUUUUCACGGCCACCUCGCAGCCAAAAACAGCAAAGAUAUGGCUUUCUGUGUAAGUUGAUAGCCAGUGUGCAGACACCACUGUUGGCUGCUGUACCAGUAGUAGUAUCAGGAAGCAUAAAGUCACUCUGGAUUUGAGUCAUUUUAACUUCCCUAGAAAUGAAACAUGCAAAUGUCUCAGCCUUUAGAGAGAUGAUGUGGGUUGAAGGUACACAUAUCUAUACACGUCCGACCUGCUUUUGUUUGAUGUUAUCAGUUUGUCAGUCACAGGAUAAGUGACUCUGUAUCUUUGCUAUUGUCAACAAAUCUCCUAAAUUUGAACAGUGAAUUUACUGUGAGUUUUCUGUGCAUCCAAAGCCUGAUAGAGCCCUCCACUGAUUCCACAGCUUAUUGCACUGGCUAACAUGUUCUUUUCAUACGGUAAACAUGGGCACUGUAGUUUUGAGUUAAUUUGAUAUACACUAUCCCUCUGCCAUGAAAUUCACUAACACACCAAAUGUGUAUUAAUCCACCUGUAAAAAUAGUCCCCAAAGAACGCACAAUUUACUGCUGCUUGAGUAACACUUGUUAUAAACUACAGUGCCCAGCUGUUAGAAGAUUAUUUGAAAAUAUGAAAAUAUAUUUAUAUAUUGUAAAAUAUAAGAUUUACAUCUUCUUAAGGAACCAACUGACCUGAGGUUACAGAGAUGGUAUGAAAAUUGGAAAGCAUUAACAAAACUACAAACGCAUGUUAUUGGUCUUUUAAUAGGAUUUGUUGACAAAGCCUCAUUUUUUAAAGCUACACUUGGCAAAAAGGUUAAGUUGCCAAAUGUAGCUUUAAAUCCAAAGUAGGCAGACCAUCACCUCUGCCUAUUAUUGUCUGGACCUAAACUGCACUGCAGGAUGACUGCUGUCAAAGUCAAAGCACCUGAUUUACCUGACUUUUUUCAGUGCUUUUAGCUUGUUGUCUCCCUCCCACUGUCUCUCCUGCUUCUCAUCUUAUUCAAUGACACUAAUAUUCAACACAAUAUCACUCUCUACAACAAGCACAGAUCUUUAAGAAGAACAUAUACGACACUACUCACUGGUAUUUCUAUUACAAUGAUGUCUUUCAUGAGAUUCUUCUGAAGCUUCACUAGAAGCAUCAAUGAUAAACUGGUUCACAAAUCUUCAGAAGUGGUGCAUCACUUUAUUCUAUAACUCUGAAAUAUCUACAGAUACAGAUAUUUAGGACAUUUCUGCAGGUUAUAUGCAGCACAAUAAUGGUGGGAUAGACCUUCAAACAUGGAAGUUUUUUUUAAGUGUAUGUUUUCAGUUUCAAAGCACUUGGUUGAAAUAUGCAGAAUUUUGUCAAAGUUGGAUAAAAACGUUAUUAAUUUAACCUGCAUGAACCCUAUUGCUUACUAUCACAGUUACUGUUACUGUUGCAGUUAAGAGUACCAGUGAGCACUUGAUUAAUGUUUUUAGACUGAAGUGAAAUAAUGCAUAUUGCAUUAUUAUACGUACCAUCAACAACUCCUCUUCAGUUUACCAGCUAGGGCUCCAAUGUACCUUAUUGUACAAAACCUAUAGAGACAGUGGAUUUUAUUUUAAAGAUGUUAUUUUGCUUACAGGUAUUUAUGUUAAUAUGGCUGGUGUUCUCAAAUGCUGUUAUAGUUUUAUCCAUCAUUAGCAAGUAAGUUAUGACCUUGUUCUGAUCAGUUGUACAUACACACAAGUUGGACAGGAGCGUUUGGAAGAUGCCUGCACCCACACAGAGGUGUGAACUGAAACUGGAUAAUGAAUAAAAGCUUGCCGAUGCCAA